AGCCGGGCUGGGGUGGGGGGAGGGGCCGGGCUGAGGCGGCGGCGGCGGCUCGCUCCGGGAGGGCAGAGCCGGCAAGGGCGGGACUGGCCUGCUGCGGGCGGACGGGGGAGCCGCGGAGCUAACGGGUCCGGACGUCGCCAGCGGCGGAGCUUUCUGCACGGGCGGAGGCGGCGGCAGGAGCGGCAAGCAUGGCCCGCGCGGCGCCCGGCGCGGACUGAGGUUCUCUCCCUGAUACUAGAGUUGGAAGGAUUGUUAAUGGUUCACUGAACUAACCCAGAAAUGCCUCAUCUAGAGCCCAUACUCAAGAGAGGAGAAGGCAAAUCCCAGGUCAGAGGCCCAGUCCUCCCCCAGUGACCUCUUGCUCAGAAGAGCUUGUCACAGGGUCAUGCUGCAGCAGCCUGGCGCCUGACGAGUGAGGGGGAACCUGCCAGGGGAUUACUGCUAGCACGAGCUAACAGCAGGACAGCAGGCCUCAGGGGAGUGGGGAUGGGCAGAGCAGCCUGCCUGCAACGCUGGGCCAGUGGCACCAAGGAGGCCCAGGCCCUGGCAGGGAGCUCGGCACACGCUCAGCUGACCCAGACAGCAUUCAAAGCAGGUCCCUGCUGAGCAGCAGAUGUUCCCAGGCCCUGGAGGACUGCAAACGCCUCAGCAACCACAUUUGGGGCUGUGACCAUCAGGAGAAGGGACCAACACCUCGAAUGGGAAGCAGAAGGGCAGAACCUGCUGCCAGGAGGAUCUUGGUCUCUGCAGCAGAGUCUUCCGACACCCGUGGAGCUUCUUGGGUUUCUCCUCUCAGGACUGGGGCCUUGUUUCCUCCUCUCGCGGAGGGGGUAGGCCAGGAGGGCCAGCUGAGGUGGGGACGACUCUCGGAUGGAAUCCACGCCACUUGAAGCCCAUGGGCUCUCUGCUGUGAUUGGGGUUCGAGGGCUUCCCCACUGCAGGGGACGAGGGGCUGCCUCCGUGUCUGCUCAUGAACCACAAGGACCCCGAAUGCUCCAGACUGGACCAUUUCGAGCCACCAAAGAGGGGGGCCCCCAGAGCUGGCAGCCAGCAGCUCCAAGGGACUAGAGAGCUGGGAUGGACUGACCUCCCCCUCACCAGGGCAUUAGGAGAGUCAGAGCCUCUGUGGCCCAGCUAGUGACAGAGAGACCCGAUGAAGCCAUAAGCUGGCACCUGAGUGACUCAGGGACAGGAGAGCCACUCCUGCCUACUGUGCUUUCUCCUUACGUUGAGGGAGGGUUUGGUAAGGGACCCCUGCCUCUGUUCCCUCCUCAGCACGUGCCCCUAUGCCCUUUGCACGUGGUGCCAGGAGACGCAGGCUACACUGUGGCUGGCCCGUCAGUGGGCUGGGAAGGGAGUGGCCACGGUGACACCCACCCGCCCACCAGGCUGGUGGUCUAGCCCCCCGGGGCGCCAAACCAUGAAGUGCUCCCUACGGGUGUGGUUCCUCUCUGUGGCCUUCCUGCUGGUGUUCAUCAUGUCACUGCUCUUUACCUACUCCCACCACAGCAUGGCCACCUUGCCCUACCUGGACUCAGGGGCCCUGGGUGGUACCCACCGGGUGAAGCUGGUGCCUGGCUAUGCUGGUCUGCAGCGCCUCAGCAAGGAGGGGCUCACCGGUAAGAGCUGUGCCUGCCGCCGCUGCAUGGGUGACACUGGCGCCUCUGACUGGUUUGACAGCCACUUCAACAGCAACAUUUCCCCUGUGUGGACCCGAGAGAAUAUGGAUCUGCCUCCAGAUGUCCAGAGGUGGUGGAUGAUGCUGCAGCCCCAGUUCAAGUCACACAACACCAACGAGGUACUGGAGAAGCUGUUCCAGAUAGUACCAGGCGAGAACCCCUACCGUUUCCGGGACCCCCACCAGUGCCGGCGCUGUGCGGUAGUGGGGAACUCAGGCAACCUGCGGGGCUCUGGCUACGGCCCAGAUGUGGAUGGGCAUAACUUCAUCAUGAGGAUGAAUCAGGCGCCAACUGUGGGCUUUGAGCAGGAUGUUGGCAGCCGAACUACCCACCAUUUCAUGUACCCCGAGAGUGCCAAGAACCUGCCUGCCAACGUCAGCUUUGUGUUGGUGCCCUUCAAAGCUCUGGACCUACUAUGGAUUGCCAGCGCUUUGUCCACAGGGCAAAUCAGAUUCACCUAUGCGCCAGUGAAGUCCUUCCUUCGAGUGGACAAAGAAAAGGUUCAGAUCUACAACCCGGCAUUCUUCAAGUACAUCCACGACCGGUGGACAGAGCAUCACGGGCGGUACCCUUCCACAGGGAUGCUGGUGCUCUUCUUUGCCCUGCAUGUUUGUGAUGAGGUGAACGUGUACGGGUUCGGGGCCGACAGCCGGGGCAACUGGCACCACUACUGGGAGAAUAACCGGUAUGCGGGCGAGUUCCGGAAGACGGGAGUGCACGACGCCGACUUCGAGGCCCACAUCAUCGACUUGCUGGCCAAGGCCAGCAAGAUCGAGGUCUACCGAGGCAACUGAGCCCGGCCUCGCCGCGACCCUUCGGCCCAGCCGCGAGGCUGCGACGCUCGCUCCGCAGCCGGGACUCCCGGCCAGCCCGAGGGCGGCGGCCUUGGCGAGGGCGCGGCGCCCGGUUGGGCGUCUCCAGCCCUUGGGAGCGACGCCAAGUCGCGGUCUGGACCAAUCAUGCUGCAAGUCCAGCGAGCGCCGGCUGUCCCCCGCCAAUCAGGAGACUUUGGGGGCUGGCCCAGGCCUGGCACCCAAUCAGCGCUGCAGUGGGAGCGGAGGCUCUUUCUCCCAGCCAAUCAUGCGACUCAAGGAGAACUUCCGGCGCUGGGCCCGGUCUCCUCCAAUCAAUGGCCUUCGGAGGCGGGCCGGCCGCCGCUGAAUCCCCACUCCCCUAUGCUUUGGGUAGGAUUUUGUUUUAUGCUUUUUAAGGAGUAGUGGUUGGUUCCGGCCUCAGUGGAGUACUUUCCUCAGGCUCUGCGGGAGGAGUGUCGGUGGCCUGUCGGCGGUACUCGGCCAGGGGCACCGAGGAGGAAGCGGGGGGGAAGGUGCGGGGCAGCAGCGGCUGGGCCUCCCUUCGCCGGGGGCCCCUCGCGACCUCGGGGCGGGGGGGGGGGGCGUUGGCCUCUCGCUUCUGGAGGUCCGGGGGGAAUCGGGUGGUUCCCGGGGAGCGCGCUUUCAUCCCCGGGAAGAGCUAGAUCCCUCUCAAACCUUUUCAGGCCUCAGAGCACGCUAGGCCGCGUAUUUCCUUUAUCUUUCGGGCCCAGAUGGGUGAGUGUAAACCCACCAAAGAAAGGCAGUGGAGCGUGGGUCCCCUCGUCCUCCCUUGUCCCCAUCCCCACCUUUGGCCACCCUAUGGAAUGGCCUUCCUGACCAGGGCAUUGAGCAUCCCACCUGGAAACUAGAACUGUAUUCGCCCGUUGCUAGGGCUCGGAGUUCGCCGAUGGCCUAACUCGAGCGCAGGGGUGAGGAACAGGGCAGGGGACCCGGAAGCCCCGUCACUUCAGAUGUAAGGUGCUUCUCACUCUCGUGUACUCUCGCGGCCCCUUACUGUUCGCCCACAACUUUUUUAGUGUCCCUUCUUAAGCCCUGGGCCUCCUCACCAGCCUGCUCGUCCUGGGAUUGGGGGUGGGGGGUGGGGCACUGCUGGCUUCUCCAACCCCCUACCCCUCCUCGCUCGUCUUUAGCCGGCUCUAGGGAGAGGAAGGCAGGCUGGAGAUGGGGAGCCCAGCUGCCUGGUGCAUGCACCUUUUUCCUCCGCCCAUCACCCCAAAGAGGAGUAGGAAACCUCUUGCUUGGGGGUGGAAUUUGCUUUGGUCUCCUAAUUUAGUUAACUUGAGGUUACCAGGGAUGGCUGACCAACAAAGAUUCUUUUAAAAU